AUGGCCGCGCAGAAGACAAUCGUGGUCGGGGCAGGCCCUGUUGGCUCCCUUGCUGCUCUGUACGCCGCAGGCAGAGGUGAUGACGUGGAACUCUACGAGUUGAGAGGAGACCUGAGGGAUCCAAACACCGUUCCUUUGAACUUCACCAAGUCGAUCAACCUUGCUCUUUCCGAGCGUGGCAUCAAUUCAUUGCGAAAUGCCAAUUGCCCCGGUCUACUUGAGGCCGUUCUGAACGAGACAAUUCCAAUGUAUGGCCGCAUGAUUCACGGCCAGAAAAAUGGAGAGCUGCAUGAGGAGUCUCAGGCUUAUGAUGUGAAAGGCCGGGCUAUCCGUGCGGUUGACCGUGCCAGUCUGAACAAGCGUCUGCUGGACGAGUUGGAGAAAAUGCCGAAUGUGAAAUUGAAUUUCAACCACAAGCUAGUGGGCGCAGACUUCAAGCAGAACCUUGCCUGGUUUGAAAAGAAGAGCGUUCCGAGGACUGAUCACACCCAAAACCCAACACAAGAGACAUCGUCUUCUACAAGCCAAGAGAUCGAAGUGAAGUUUGACUUCAUGAUCGGAGCCGAUGGAGCACACUCCGCCGUCCGGUACCACCUGAUGAAGUUCACACGCAUGGACUACAUGCAAGAGUACAUCGACACACUCUGGUGCGAAUUCCACAUCUCGCCCGACAACGCCGAGGGCAGCGCGACAUCUAAAUACUCCGGCUUCAAAAUCUCUCCGAACCACUUGCACAUCUGGCCCGGCAUCUCCUUCAUGUUCAUCGCCAUUCCUUCGCUCAACAAGUCCUUCACGAGCACGCUCUUCCUACCUGCCGACCGCUUCGCCGAACUCGACGCCGACCCCUCUUCUCUCGUUCCUUUCUUCAAGGAGCACUUCCCCGGCGUCGUGCCCGAUCUCAUCUCCGAGGAAGAUCUGGCAAAGCAAUACAACGAAAACCCACACCUCCCACUCAUCAACAUCAAAUGCAGCCCGUACCACUUCUCCGGCUCGUGCGUCAUCGUUGGCGACGCCGCGCACGCCAUGGUGCCAUUCUACGGGCAAGGCAUGAACGCGGGGCUGGAAGACGUGCGCUGCCUCUACGAGAUCAUAGACGCGGACCUCGCGUCGAGCCAACGCUGGCCUCGCCGCGCCGCCGCACUAGCAGCGUACUCGCGGCUGCGGCAGCCAGACGCGCACGCCAUCAACGACCUCGCGCUUCACAAUUACCAGGAAAUGCGCAGCGACGUGCGCUCGCCGCUGUACAAGCUGCGCAAGCUGCUCGAGGAGCGCCUGAGCGUCUGGUUCCCCAUCAGCGGCUUUGCGACGCAGUAUACGCGCGUCAGCUUCGGCAACGAGCGCUACUCGGAGAUCGAGCACCGCGUCUUGCGCCAGGGCCGCGUGCUGCUCGCUUCCUCGGUCGUGAUGCUUGUUGGUGUGGCCAGCUGGGCGGGCUGGUGGGCUUGGCGCUGGCAUCGCAUGGCGGAUUCUACAAAGGGGUUGGCGAAGUGGUUUACGUGGAUGGGGAAGAGGACGGAGGAGUUUGGGAGGAAGUUCACAUAGGGGUGGUUAGGGUGGUUAUGGAAUGGCGGUGCUGUUGUUUUCAAAAGUGUGUUUGUUAUACAAUACUUGGGUUUAUCCAGGCGCCAGUGGUCUGUGUCUGUAUGGUCCUGCAAUAUCAAACGCCCGUCUGGGAUGGUGGAGCAAGUAACCCCUACGAUCAAUACAGGACCAAAGCAGAGACCUCGUUACCAAUUUGAACAAGCCU